AGAAAGACUUCACAGAAUGGUCCUCCCAAAGAAGGAAUUCGUGCUUUCGCACACUUUCACGGAUGUAUCGAAGAUGGAGAAGGAUAUCAGUGUUUUUAGUCCCGGUGAAGAACAUUUCAAUGUUUCGUGGAAUAUGUCAAUUUCUUGCGAGGGCGAUCACUUGGGAGUAUUUCUUCACUGCCACAAGUCGAGAGGAAAAGAGACCAUGUGGACAAUUGAUACUGAACACCAAUUCACACUCAAAACUUCGAGUGGAAAAGCUUAUAGAGAAGAUGAUAAUUUCAAUUUUCAAUUUUCGAAUGCGCAUAGUUAUGGUAAUGGAACGACUGAGUUCAUUUCCUGGAACAAAUUGAUAAAAGACUAUCUAAUCGAUGAUGUAAUCACUGUUGAAGCCGCUGUGAAGAUCAUCAAGACGACUGGAAUCUCGAAGAAAGCGCUCAAAGGCUUUGAGAAAUCGAAUGAAGAAUUUUCCGAUGUGGUUCUCGCGGUCGGAGACAAAGAGUUCUUCGUGCUCAAACAGUUCCUCGCCUACCAUUCUUCAUACUUCAAAUCUCUUCUUCUCGGAAAAUUUGCAGAAUCUGAUCAGAAGGAAGUCACACUUCAGGACAUUGAUCCCACCGAUUUUCAGAAUCUUCUAGAGGUUCUGUAUGGUGAACCCGCGAUUGAUGAUGAAACUAUCGAUGGAAUUCUUCACUUGGCUCAUAUGUACGACAUGUCUGUUCCGCUUCGAAAAUGCGAAGAGUUUCUAAUCAAUGAAUCUGAAAAGUCGAUGAAGGAUCAACUCAAAAUCGCAAAACAAUACCAAUUGGAGAAGUUGAAGAAAGCUUGUCUCCUGAAAAUCAACACAGUCGAUGAGAUCAAAGCGGCCGUGGCUGGCAAGCUGUCCGACAUGGAUCCAACAGUCGUGGCGGCUCUUUUUUAAAGUCAUUGGCUCUUCACUGAUCACCGAGAUCGAAUCUUUUAUCUUUUUUUCUGUUAUGUUUUCUCUGUUGUUAUCAUGUUACCUGUUUUACUGAAAUUUUUUGAUAAAAUUAUGUUUUUGAAC